AUGUCGCUCAAAGUGCCACGUGCGGGAGGACCGAACCUGUUCAAGGAGGGAUACAAGCACUUCCAAGGAAUCGAGGAGGCGGUGCUUCGAAACAUCCAAGCAGUCAGUGAACUAUCGGAGAUCGUACGAACUUCUUUCGGACCAAAUGGACGCAACAAGAUGGUGAUUAACCACCUGGAGAGGCUGUUUGUUACAUCGGAUGCGGCUACCAUCAUUCGGGAGUUGGACGUGGUCCACCCUGCAGCUAAGCUGCUGGUGAUGGCGAGCCAACAGCAGGAGGCCGAGAUGGGCGAUUCUACCAACCUCGUCCUGAUCUUUGCUGGAGAGCUGUUGAAGAAGGCAGAAUAUCUGAUCACUAUGGGCUUGCAUCCUUCCGAGAUCCUUCAGGGCUACGAGAUCGCUCGCGACAAGUGUCUUGCCGAGCUCGAGCAGUUGUCGAUUGCGCAGCUCUCGACGCCUCCCACGCCACAGAGUCUCGCGCUUGCACUCAAGCCGUGUCUAGCAUCGAAGCAAUAUGGCAACGAAGACUUGCUGGCACCUUUGGUUGCAGAAGCCGUCUCGAUGGUGUUGCCGCAAAACUCCAAGAACGGACUGGCCGACUUCAGCGUUGACAAUGUGCGUGUGGUCAAGAUCAUGGGAGGCAGCUUGUCGCAGUCCAAAGUGGUACGUGGUAUGGUGUUUGGUCGUGAACCCGAAGGCGUCAUCAAAAAGGCCAAGGCGGCCAAAGUGGGUGUCUAUACCUGUGGCAUGGACAUUACGCAGACCGAGACCAAGGGCACAGUGCUACUCAAGAACGCCGAUGAGCUGUCCAGCUUCUCCCGAGGCGAGGAGCAGCAGCUCGAAAAGUACUUCAAGGAGAUCGCCGAUUCGGGUGUCAAGGUGGUGGUUACACAGUCGCAAGUGGGCGAAUUGGCGCAACACUACUUGAACCGAUUUGGCAUUUUGGUCAUCAAGAUCCUGUCGAAAUUCGAGCUGCGCCGACUGUGCCGAUUGCUGGGUGCUACACCUCUGGCUCGACUUGGCGCGCCGUUGCCAGAGGAGGCGGGAUGGAUCGACUCGAUCGAGACGACCGAGAUCGGCGGCGAUCGCGUGACUGUGUUCAAGCAGGAGGACGGACAGCCUGGGGGUAAAGCCAAACCCAAGAUGUGCACCAUCGUGCUUCGAGGAGCCACGUCGAACCUACUCGAUGAUGUUGAGCGAGCGAUUGACGAUGGAGUCAAUGUGAUCAAAUCCCUCACGCGUGAUCCACGACUUGUCGCUGGAGCAGGAGCCACUGAGCUGGAGCUCGCUAAACGCAUUGCCGAUCUGGGUGAAAAGACACCUGGUCUCAAUCAGCACUCGAUCAAAAAGUUUGGCGAAGCGCUCGAAGUGGUACCGCGAACUCUCGCCGAAAACGCCGGUCUGGACUCGACCGAGAUCGUCUCCCGUCUGUACGCCAAGCACGUCGACGCUGCCGCCACCGACAUUGGCGUCGACAUUGAAAACUCGGACGACGGCACCCUCUCAACCACUCACUCCCAGAUCUUCGACGUCCUCGCUGCCAAAUCCUGGGCUUUGAGAUACGCCACCGGCGCCGCCAUCAGCGUUCUCUCGGUCGACUCGAUCAUCAUGUCCAAACCCGCCGGCAUCAAGGCUCCAAAAGCCAACCCCAACUGGGACGACGACUAA